GGCGCUGUGCCGGGAGCGGCGCCGGGCUGCGCGGCGGGAAGCGCGGCCGCCGGCGGAGCGCCGCGUCGGGGGCGUAAUGACAGCGGCAGCUCGCCCCGAGUGUGCUCUGUCUUGGGGUUUCUAUAAACGAGCGAAUUCGUCUCGAAAGAGUCCACGCUCUGGAGUGCGGUAGCCAUUCUUCGGGGAGGGGGAAAUAAUGAGUGCAGGGGUCUGUGGAGUGCCACCCCCAGCCAGGCUCGCAGUGCGAGAGGAGUGGGCAGCCUGGGAGAAACCGGAUCGUUUGGGUUGCAGGGCUGGAAGGAGUAGGAGCAAGGCUCGGGUUUUCCUUCCCGGAGCUGAAGUGAUGUUGCCGUUGACUUUCUUUGAGCUGUUGGAAGAACCCAUAGGCUUGUCUAACACUAUCAGAAUUGUAGACUGGUUGGUGCUUUCUCAUGGGAUCCCUGUGACUGACAACGGAGAGAUUGUUGUGACUGCUCUGCAAUGACUACAGCAAGAUACAGGCCUACCUGGGACUUGGUACUUGACCCAUUAGUGUCCUGUAAGCUCUGCCUUGGUGAAUACCCCGUGGAGCAGAUGACAACAAUAGCACAAUGCCAAUGCAUCUUCUGUACCCUGUGCCUAAAACAGUAUGUGGAACUUCUGAUCAAAGAAGGUCUAGAAACAGCAAUCAGCUGCCCUGAUGCUGCCUGCCCAAAGCGAGGUCAUCUGCAAGAAAAUGAGAUUGAGUGCAUGGUUGCAUCAGAAAUCAUGCAAAGGUAUAAGAAACUACAGUUUGAAAGAGAAGUGCUUUUGGAUCCAUGCCGGACUUGGUGUCCAUCCUCUACGUGCCAGGCAGUUUGCCAGCUCCAGGAAUCAAGCCCACAGGACCCUCAGCUGGUCCAGUGCAAAGUGUGUGACAUUGAGUUCUGCUCUGCUUGCAAAUCUAAUUGGCAUCCGGGUCAAGGCUGUCAAGAGAGCAUGCCAAUCUCUUUUCUUCCAGGAGAAACAAGUUCAGUUUUCAAAAUGGAAGAUGAUGAUGCUCCAAUCAAACGCUGUCCAAAGUGUAAAGUUUACAUUGAACGAGAUGAAGGCUGUGCCCAAAUGAUGUGUAAGAAUUGCAAGCAUGCCUUUUGCUGGUACUGUCUGGAAUCUCUUGAUGAUGAUUUUCUCCUUAUACAUUACGACAAAGGACCUUGUCGAAACAAGCUGGGGCACUCCAGGGCAUCUGUUAUCUGGCACAGGACACAGGUGGUAGGCAUUUUUGCAGGAUUUGGUCUUCUACUUUUGGUGGCCUCCCCUUUCCUUCUACUUGCUACACCAUUUGUUCUGUGCUGCAAGUGCAAAUGUAAUAAAGGAGAUGAUGACCCUCUACCUACCUAGACUGAGAGAAGAUUGGACUCAUCACAACAUGUUUUGAUUUCAUUGUUGCUGUUAUGUUUCCCUCUUGCACUUACAUUGCUGUAGCCUUACUUGCCCCAUUCUGCUUUUUGUUGACACAGUCUUGAUUCCAGGAACUGUUGUUACUACUGUUGUACAGAUGACUUGAUAACAGACAAGGAGAGUAAUAGAAGGCAAGUUUUGUGCUAAAGGGAGACUACAGACCAGGGUAGCUAUCUGAAAUUAAGAGAUGAUACUGCUAAAAAUAAUGCAAAAGGUUGGUGCUGCUCUGCUGGUGGACUGGGGACUCUACUGAAUGACAUCAGCAAACCAAGCUGAGAAAGCCUACAAACUUCUGCAUAUCUGUUUGCUUCCAAAUUUGGUGUCUUAUUCCUGCAUAUGUUUGAGUUGACUGUCAUUUAAAUCUGAUAGUCUACUUUGUGUGACUUUAUUACACAUCUGAUUUUGUUAAAGCCAUCACAAAGUCCUUUUUAGUACCUAUUUUUUCCAAGUAUAACAAAAUUAGUAAGGUGCAUAUAGGCCAUCCUAUGCCUUUCUUGAAAUCUGGGGAGGAUCAGAGGGACAAAGUUGGUCCUGCUGCCUUCCACAAAUUUUAUAAAGUCUUAUAAGAAAUUUGUUUGAUUAAAAGCUACAUUUUAAAAUUAAUUGAUGAAGCUGUAAGGUUGAGUGGUGACACAAACCUGCUAUUUAAUCAAGUUUCUUUUAAAAAUACAGUGAUGGUAUUGCUUACCCCUGGACCACUAGUGUUUUUCUGAAUUAUUUUUUGCUAUUGUUUAGGGUUCUGCUACACUUAUAGGGCUAUGUAACUUUUAAUCCAGGUAUCUUAAUCUUUUUUAUAGAUACAUAGAUAUAUAUAUAUAUAUAAAAUCCUAUUUAAACCAAAUGUGUAAAUAGCUGUGCUAUUGAAUUAUUUUGGAAAUUCAGAAUAGCUUGCUUCUGUCUUUAGGACAAUUAAUAAAAAAUACAGGACUAACUUUACUGUUUAGCAGACUUUUGGGUUAUCAAUGAGUCUUUCCUUUUAAAUACAAAAAUACAUCAUGGUUAUCCAUGUAGUUAAUAUGAAAAUGCCUGGGAUAUUUGUGGAAGUUGUGCUUUGCAUUUAUAAACUACUUAGCCCAUUUUCAGAGAUAGUAUUGUAUAAUAUGUGGUGUAUUGUGCUAAUAACAAUACUGUGACAAAAUAAGUUUUUAUUUGAAAACUAAUCACUUGAUAGUUUUUCAUAAUUCAGUGCUCUGUUUUCAGGGUAGUAAAGUGUGCUAUUCAACAUACUACAUCAUUGAGGUUUCUCUUUAGAAAUUUUGUUUUGAAAACCAUUUUGCUCUAUUUUAAAGCCAACAAGAAUUUGACUAAUAACUUCUUGCCAUUAAAUGUGAAGCAUUUGUGUAUGUCUGUAAUAUGAAGGAAAACAUUCUUUUGAUUGGCUUGAGGACUGAAGUUUUAUUGCAUUUUUUCUUCAUCAUUUAUUUCUGCCAUUAGCAAUGUAUUGACAUGGAUGAAUAUCUUGAAGCCAGGAUAACUUUACACUGAAAAUGUCUUAAGAUCCUUAAAUGUAUCUGCUUCUGGCUGCUGUCACAGGCUGGGAAUGUUUUCAUAGCUCAGCCAUCAAAAAAUUACUCUUUAUUGGCUUUUGGUUUACACUGUGUAUUUGUUAAAUAAAAAUAUUGUAGGGCACAAUUUUGAAAAGGCCAAUUUCUUUUUAUAAAACUAUUCUUCUCCCUUAUCUUCCAAGUUUAGUGCUAACCAAAUUCAAACUGUAUCAAACCAUAGAUUUUAACUCUCAUAGAUUGUCUGCAAUUCACUUACUUGGUUUGAUUUUAAUGAGUUAUUCACAUUCUCUGUAAUGUGAAUAAAAAGGAUAGCUUGUUUCCAGCAAAUCUGAACUCAUGAUAUCUUCAGAUUGUUUAUGGCAAUGCACAGUUCAGAUCUUUUGUUAUCUGAGUAUCUUCAGUAUUUUGGCUAUCUUGGUUAUUAAAAAUUGCUUAAUUGUUCAAAAAUACCUGUAGGGAAGCCUGGUAGUGCAUUUGAUCCCUGUUUGCCAGCUUCCAGGGAUGUGUGAAGCACUGCUGAGUUCAGCAGGCAGGGAGCUGCUUCUCUCCUUCUGGCAUCAGCUCAGUCCAUUUCCCAGAGGGAUCCCAAGCCAUGCACCUGAGUUAUCCUGAGUCAUACCUUCACUGUCUAGAAUUAGUGGAAACCCUUCUGCAAAGGACAGCUUCCUGAAGGUUAGCUUGAGCUAUGGCCCUUCCUCCCUGGCCCUGUACUCCUGUUUGACUGGAGAAAAACCUAGACAAUAGGAUGUAAAGACUUCAUGGGUUAUUAAAUUUCUAGUUGGAGCACUGAGGGGUUUUGCUGUAUUGUGGCUGUGACUGAUGACGAAUUCUCCUACUGGGAUCAUAGUGAACAGGAGAGAUUCACUGGCCUGUGAACAGUAUUGAGUGUCCUGGUGUGAGGAGGUUUAUUUUCUCUGUGCCUUUCUUAGAGAACGUAUGUUGAAAUACAGCAAAGCUUGACUUUUCCAAAGUGCUGUGCGGCCAGUUAAUAAUCUAUGUUGGAAUUAUUGAAUUUCCAGAUUUAAAAGCAAAAAGAAAGAUAAGUUCUUUGCAAAUACAGAAAUUUAAAAAUUAUAAUUUAUAAUUGAUACUCACAGCUAACAUUAUAUGCAAUCAGAAAACUGUGUCAGUGUAUCUUUGAUCUCAACAUACUUGAAUUGCUACUGGUGAUUUUUAUGACACAGUUCUUGUUUCACAUCCCAGCUGUUGGAAUAGACUAUAUGCCUACAUAUAUUUACCAAAUACCCAGUCUUUUCAGGUUUGCUAAAUGUCAUUCCAUCUGUAUUCUCGGGGAUUUUUUUUGCUUGUUUUUAUGGUUGCUAAUAUUAUUAUUAUUACUGUUAUUAUUUUUAAUGCUGAUUUGGUUCCAAAGUAGCAACUUUUCAUGGUGAUAUAUCAAGGUGCUUUUAUGUUACAGCUUAUGUUGAUACUGUGACAUUUAAUACCCCAAAAACUCAAUUGUAAAUACAUAAUUUUAAGCUCUGACAUUUAAACCCCCUGCCAUGGGAAAAAGAAUGUUUGUUUCUUUGUAUUUUCAAAUUAAAAUCUGUUACAGCAGCUAUGGCUUUUUGGAUUUGCACCAGAAAAAUAAGUAUCACAGCAUGAUUUCUGCUGCAUUUUUAUGGUUAUGCUAUUAUUUAGGGGGUUUGUAUUCACACAGAAUCAUAGAAUAUUCUGAUUUGAAAGGACCCACAAGGAUCAAGUCCAGCUCUUGAGUGAAUGAUCUGUUCAUAAAUGCUGUUUAAUGGAGUUUGUACCAGUACAUCAUCUGCAUGUUCUUCUGGGGUGUCAUGUGGUGUCACGUCUCGGGAGUGUGAACCCACUCCAGAGGCUGUGCAUCUCCCUAGCCUUGCCAUUAGCUGGGCUGGAGCCAGUCCUGAGAGAGAUCAGGAGCACAGCCCACUUCAUCUUCCAUGGUGGUAGUGUUGGGUUUUGCCCUGUGACAUUGGCCAAGUCACUUACCGCCUUUUAUCUCAAUUUAACCAUCUUUUAACUGAAUGGACCAGUGUUUACCUCAGGAGAGCUGUGAGGACAAAUUCAUUGGUUUUGAGGCUCUUGAAAAGAUUGUGAAUGAUAAACAAUUAUAUAUAAAAGAUUACUGUAGUUUUAUGUUAAUAUUUCAGUUUUAUUCAUGUUGGCAUUCAUCCUGAAGCCUCCUACUACUGACUUUAGCAUGUCAAGAAUUUAGGAUACUUUCCCCCACAUACUAAGAAGCACGAUCUUUCUUCAGAUACUCUGGUGCAUAAAUUAGGCAAAAAUCCCAAAUAAAAGCAGACUGAAUCAACUCGCAGUUUACAGCUGAGCUCCUGACAUGCAGAAAACAAUCAAAAUUAGUGAAUACCUCUCAUUUAUGGAGCUGACAGGAUAAAAUAUCCAUAGGUGAGAAAAAUACGAAGUGUUUUAUUUUAAAAAUUGUUAUGGGCAGGAAAGAUUUGAAUGAAGUUCUGUGCAUUUCAUCUGUAGACCUUUUACUGUAUAGGAAUAAAUAUUUUUAAUGCAGGCCAUUAUCAUUCCAGUGAGGUGCAGCAUGCAUAAACCUUUUUGCAGGUUUGCUUUUUUAAAACCAAAGUUUGUACAUUUUAUGUACAUAAUCUAAAAGCCUGAGGAAAACAAGUAAAUUACAGUUGUUGAUGACAGUGAUACUAAGGACAUCAAAAAAGCCUGUAUCAGCCCUUAAUUGCUAAUGCACUUGUACUAAGUAAGGCAUGCUGUUUGUGUUUAGAGCCCUGUGGUCUUCAUUAUUGCUUUGAUUUGUGUAUAUCUUACAAGAAUUCCAGGAACAUUAGGUACAGGUACAUGGUACAUAACUGAACCUUUCUUGAUCAUUUUAUUAUGAUGUAUUUUAAACUUGUAUAGGGAUAAGCAUGAAGGAGUCAUGCAUAUGUAUAAAUAAUGUAUUUGACCAGUGUAAAAAUAGUUCUGUUGAUGUAUUUGAAAUGUAAGUGCAUUUUGUGCCACUAACACUGUGAUGUAUAAAGGAGCUGUUGAAUGCCUUUUAAUGUGGUGUUUUGUACUUUGAAUCAUAUUGGAGAGUUUAAUUUGUAAUUUCAAUAGAUAUUUUAAAUGAA